ACUUGAAAAAAUGUGAACUUGUCCUUUAAGGAAGGGGAAAAAAGGGAAAGUAUUGAAAGGUCUACCGGAAGCUCUUUGUCCUUGUUUAUGGAGCUUGACAGCAGGAGGAGGAGGAGGAGGAGGAGAGCGGAGCAGCGACUGCGGUCAUAAACAAACACACGCAGUGCUGGAGACGUUAUAUCUGCGCGGCUCCGUAGCACCGGCUGACUCCCAGGACCGCUGACCUUUCUACACGGACCGAGCUUUAAAUUCAAAACCGGGUUAAAAUCCAGGACUUUAUCUUAAAAAAAAAGAAAAGAAAAACACCUCCAGGAUUUCACCCACGGCUCUCCCUGCCUCCCUCCCUCCCUCCUUCCCUCCCUCGGAGUCGGCUUAUGUGACACAUUAACGUCCCGGCGACGAAACGAGCGAAACAUGACGGAGCUGAGGAAGCGAGGCGGAGGCGGAGGAGACCCUGACAGCACCGAGAAUAUCAGCGACAAGGAGGCCGACGGUGAUGACAGGCUGGGCCUACCGGUCGACCCAGAGGCAGAAUGUGAUGGUGACUCCAAAGCAGACACUCCAGAUGUUCCUCUCUCCUCAGCAGACACAGACAACACUCCACAAUGCCUGAACAAAGCUCUGGAGGGUCUGCCGCCCAGAUGGAAGAACUACUGGAUACGAGGGGUUCUGUCUUUAGCCAUGAUUUCUGGCUUUUUCCUCAUCAUCUAUAUGGGACCUAUCACUCUUAUAUUAGUGGUCAUGACUGUCCAAAUCAAGUGUUUCCAAGAAAUCAUCACCAUCGGCUACAGAGUUUACCAUUCCUAUGAGCUCCCUUGGUUCAGGACACUAAGCUGGUACUUCUUAAUUUGUGUCAACUACUUCUUCUAUGGUGAAACCGUAGCGGAUUAUUUCGGGGCUCUGGUGCAGAGGGAGGAGCCCCUGCAGUUCCUGGCUCGCUACCACCGCUUCAUCUCCUUCGCUUUGUACCUGGCAGGUUUCUGCAUGUUUGUGCUGAGUUUAGUGAAGAAACAUUACCGCCUGCAGUUUUAUAUGUUUGCUUGGACCCAUGUGACCCUGUUGAUUGUGGUAACUCAGUCCCACCUUGUCAUUCAGAACCUGUUUGAAGGAAUGAUCUGGUUUAUCGUCCCUAUCUCCAUUGUGAUCUGCAAUGACAUCAUGGCCUAUCUGUUCGGAUUCUUCUUCGGGAGAACUCCGCUUAUUAAGCUUUCACCCAAGAAGACCUGGGAGGGCUUCAUCGGAGGUUUCUUCUCCACUGUGGUCUUUGGCUUCAUCCUGGCCUACCUGCUGUCUCAGUUCCAGUACUUCGUGUGUCCUGUGGGCUACAACAGCGAGACCAACAGGUUUACGGUUGAAUGCGAACCCUCUGAUAUAUUUGUGAUGCAGGAGUACACUCUUCCUGCCGUGAUACAAAACACACUGAGAUGGAAAACGGUGAACCUGUACCCCUUUCAGAUCCACAGCAUCUUCCUGUCGUCCUUCGCGUCUCUCAUCGGUCCGUUUGGCGGCUUCUUUGCCAGCGGAUUCAAGCGAGCCUUCAAAAUCAAAGACUUCGCUAGCACCAUCCCCGGCCAUGGCGGCAUCAUGGACCGAUUCGACUGUCAGUACCUGAUGGCCACCUUCACGCACGUCUACAUAGCCAGCUUCGUCAGGGGACCGAACCCGAGCAAAGUGCUGCAGCAGCUGUUGAUGCUGCAACCGGAGCAGCAGCUCAGCAUCUUCCACACCCUGCACUCCCAACUGAGAGAGAGGGGCAUGCUCCCCCCCGCUGCAGCCCAGGCUGAGUGAAGAACCUCUGGCUUCACAGGGUGAUGACUGGAGAGAGUGUGUGUGUGUGAUUGGUUUGGAGAGUUUGUGUAAGCAUGUACACACACACACACACACACAUACACACACACACAUAUGAAGACACACACGAUCUGAAGUAUGGCUGUCAAGUGUGUGAUCCCAGGCCUCUCUCAGAGCGUCAUCCUCAUCCUGCCAACUCUUCAUCCAACUUCCAACCAGCUCAAAAUCACAACUUUAAACCUGAGGUGACUCUCCAGACUACGUGGAAUCACCUCGUAGUAAAAAAAAAAAUACCCAUAACAACAACAACAACAAAACAUUUGCCGGCUUCAUUGCUUUCGACUUGGACCGGCACAUCAACAACACACAAGCGAACAGGCAGCCCCCCCCUCCUCCCUCCCCAUCCUAAAGACUGAAGAUGAAAACGUCUUAUCGAACAAACAUUGACUCUCAAGCACACUGCUUUCUCAGCGCAGGUGGACGGCGGAUGUGCAGGGUCCCUGUGGACGGCAAAUAUUGCACUGACUUUAGCUGAACAAACGGAUUUAAGAAGCUUUUACCAGCAUAAACUGGGCCCAGAGUGUUGGGCAUGUGGACCUGAGCUACAGCAAAAAAAAAAAAAGACUAUUGAGACUUGUCUUUCUGGGUUUGAGGGUGGGUGAAGUAAUGACGCAGCAGGGUUGUCAAACAUACUGUAGACACUGUUUUAUAGACAACGCUCUUAUGUAAUUGUCUUAACCUCACAGCAUAACAAAACAAAACAUGUAGCAUGUACGCAAGUCCCGUCUUGGGCUACUGCUAAACCAAGCCAUGUUUAUUCUCCUCUUCCACAGUGUGAACUUUUAGCUUUUAGGUUUCUGUCUAAAUCUAAAUAACUGGCACAAUAAAAGUCAAUAGAAGAUUGACUUGUAGGCAUGUUAAAGCAGAAACUAGAGCAUCAGCAGUGCACUCAAACACUCAAGUUAAUGUGUUGUACAUAAAUAUAGUGAAAAUAUUUAGCUGAACAAAUACCUAAUAUAUAACUACUUGUGUGACCUGCUGGGGGACAAAUGAAAAACACUUUUAAGCUAUGAGAAAUGAUAUGCAAAAAAAAAAAAAAAAAGAAAAAAAAAAAGAGAUGUAACUCAUUUGUAGCCUUUAGCAUGAACAAAUUAGAUUUUUAACAGGCAGGGAUGUAGGUUUGAUCUGAAGUUGAGGGUGUUAGAGGGUGUACUGGGUGAACUUUUACUAGAGAUUGUGUAAAGAAAUUAAAAGGUAUAGUUUGACAUGUUGGGAAAUACGCCUAUUUGCUUUUUUUGCGUGAGUAGGAGAAAAUAAGACUCUCAUGUCUGUGCGUGAAGUACGGAGCUGGAGCUGGAAGGCGAUUAGCUUAAAUUAGCAUAAAGACUGGGGACAGGGGGAAACAGCUACCCUGAGUCUGACCAAAGUUCUAAUAUCUGCCUACAAAGGCACCUAAAUCUCACUAAUUAACAUGUUAAUUAACGGUUUGAACGUACAACAGCAAACAGUUUGUGUGAGAUGCGCAGAAUGAGGAGCAGCUCAUAAUUUUUCAGAGCAGCUAGCUAGGAUGCUAGUUACAUCAAAAUCAAAACAAUCACAAUACUGUAUUAAUCUUCCAACCAGGAAUAAUCGUCCUCUCUGAUAUUUUAUGUGAUGCCGGAGACUUUUCACUGAGUAGAAUCAGAGGAUUUCAGCAACGUAAAGGAGCUUUUCCUCCAUUCUUCUCUACAGUAAAAAUCGUUGCUGCCAAAACUUCUGCAUCCUGUCGAUGCCAGAAUCCCAUCGGAUGUGAGUUUUUGAUGAUCAGCAUAAAUAACUUCAAAUUGAUUGAACUUUGGCUGCAAAACCUGCCGGAAAAUCAGCUGGCACAGCUCACUUGAUUUCCUCUGUGGAAAGAAAGGCCAUGUGCUGCUCAGUGUUGAACUUUUGGUGUGAAAGCCCAUAAAUGUUGGACUGAUAAACUUCCUGUAAAAACACAAUUGAUUGUAUUUACAUUUCUGUUUUUAUUCAGAACAAAUAAAUGAGAUACAUGUGAUCUAGUGAGCUUUAGAGGCAUAACUUUGAAGAGAGACACGCUAGUUGUUUCCUCCUGCUUCUAGCCUCUAUGCUAAGCUAAGCUAAGCUAAGCUAAUCGCCUGCUAGCUCUAGAAUCCAUACUGCUCCAUACACAGACAUGAGAUUGAUAUGUAUCUUCUUAUCCAGCUCUUGAAAAGAAAGCCAAUAAGAGUAUUUCCCAAAAUGUUGAAAUAUAAAUAAGACUGUGCUUCCUUUUAUCCGGUUAACCAAUGAUUUUAGUUGCACUGUAGCUGUGGGGGGGUGGGGUGUAGACCCAGCAGACCACUCCGCAGAUCCCACAUCUCUGGACUCAACAUUUGUCAAACUCUUUAAAAAAAUAAUGCUAUUUUAGAGUCUUCUUAUGCAUUAAAUCACUGUUUUAUGAUUAAUUUUUGAAUGUAGUUUGCAAUAUAAUAUGAUUAUCACUGCUCCCUGCAAUGAUGAUAUAAGAUUUGAGUAUAUAUGGACUAUAUAUACUGUAUUAUGUGUGCAUAUACAGCAUGUACUGUAUAUGCAGAUAUCUAAGUAUAUAAAAAUCUGAUAUUCUGGGCAGUUUUUUAUAUUAGCAAUGUUUUUAUCUUAUGCAAGUUUCCUUAGAAUAUGGAUGAGAUUUCAGUGUAUGACAUAAUUUAACUCAGGCAUGUGUGAUGAAUCACAUGUUCACCCGUGUGAUGAAUCAGACCAUGCAUUAUAAGCGUGUUACAAGGCCACGUUUUUUUUUUUCUUUUUUUUGCGCCCGACGGGGGCCGAUGAGAUUCUCUGAUUGAAUCCAGAGCGUUUCACAAAAGAAAUGUUUACCAAAGCACUGUCUGAUUAACACUGAUUUCCUUCCGUCAUUGGAAAAGCUCCAAGGGCCCCAGAUCCAAACCAUCCCCUCUUUGUCCUGAAGAAACCAAAACAAGCAGAGGAGAGUUUUUGGAAUUCAAGGGUUUUCAAACUUUGGAGCACUAACAUUUACAUCUGCGGCCCGUGCAAUGUGUGUCACUGUAUUCUGUUAACUUCCUUCAGUUGUUGGACAGGAUGUUAUAAUUUAUUUGUCCAGGUUGUUGUGUUCACAUUUUCUCAUAGAAGUGCAUUUUAGUGUGUUUCUCCCCUUCUCACCAUUUGAAAUGAAUGGGGGGUGUUGGGUGGAUUUUUGGGACCAGCUGUAUUGUACUGUAUAACUAAAUCCUCUCUCUGGCAAAACACACACACACACACACACUACUGCUAUACAGGCUUUUCUGUUUGCAAUCGUCACUGUCCAGGUAACAUCCUGAACAAGAUGAUGUAGAUAUCUGGAUGAUCUUCAAAUUAAAGCAAUCUGACCAAAAAUGGGAAACAAGAAUCAACACAAACAGCUGAUUGUCAAAUUAUUUGAAUUAUUAUUAUUAUUAUUAUUAUUUAGGCUGUUUUUUUAAUAUGAAGUCUGGAGUGUGCCACUUGAAUUUAUAGGUAAUUUAUAGGACUGUAGCUUUAUCAAAACUAUUGUUCAAUAUUUGAGAAUCAAGAUGUAAUUUAUUUCAUUUAAUUCAAACAUAACACACGACACCUGAUCCUUGAACUGCACCGUGGAAGUGAUUUUGGCUCCGUUCAUUCACAGAGCCUCUGAUGACUCAUUCGAGAGAGUUGUUCUGUAAUCGUAACCGUAAUCAGCACGGUUCAAUAGUUUCUUCAUUUUGCAUAAAAGAAAACAACAACUGCGUAGUUGUGCUGCGGGCAAAAAGGCGUGCAAGAGAUCAGACGCCCUCCUCUGGAGUACAAGGCGCUGUUGUUGUUUUGGACAGAUCAUUCGAGAUCAAAUAUACAUAUUUUUCCAAUUUCAAAUGGUUAGACUUGUGAAUAACAAGUGACAUGAUGCUGAUCAGAACUGUACUGGUAAAAAGUUAUAAAAUUAUCAUGUAAUGUACCAAUCGAUAAUUCCUUUUUGUCUGUAAAUGAUGAAUGAGUUAAUGAGGUUCUUGUUUUUAUCGUGUCUUUCUGUAAUAUUCCAUCUCAUAUUUCAGUUGUCUUGACAUGCAGUAGUUGAUGAGCUCUGAUUGGCCAACAAAAAAAGAGCUCCUGUCACUUCUCUGUUGGUUGGACGUCUAACAGUCUGACUUACGUGUUAAAUUUAGAGACCUGCAGCCAGUCAAACAAGAACGAUGAAUUGUGAGAUUAAAUAAUAUCGAAAGACAUUUAACUAGUAUUUUGCAAAUUCUUUCAAUAGUUCAUUAAUUAUGUCAUUUUUAAAAGACAGAAUAAUGUCACUGAACUUGAAUUGGCAUAUUUAAUGACCAUAAUAUAACUUUUUUUACUGAUAGUUUUAAUGAAUACCAUCAAUCAAAAACUUUUGAUACUUUAUAAUUAUUCUGGUGGCAUACUCCAAACUCAAGCAGUUUUACGGAUUUAGUUCAACUUAGAGGUUUAAGUUGUUGUGUGAACUAAUUUAUAUUUCUAUCCAGGUUAUGAAGGUAAAACACUUUGUGGUACACACUGGUAGAACAGACAAGGUUGUUUUUUUGGUAGCCCAGAUGUCAGGUAACGAUGCACUACAGAUGUUUGGUUGCUUGUCUUUUUAAUUUAUCAUUUUGUGUAAAUGUUGUUUGAUUUGCUUUGAGCGGAAAUGUUUUCUAAUGAAAAUCUAUAGCUUUUUUUUUGGAGUGGAUAAGAUUAAAUUGCAAAAUUUAUAUUGAGGAAGUAUGUUGUUAGGGGCAAUACAGAGUAAUGUAUUAACACACAUUGAUAUCUAUGAUAGGGAUAUUUGUGAAGCUGUUUACUGUAUGGAGGUGAAUAAAGUUUUUUUUUCUUUAAA